AUGGGUGAAAAGCUACCACGCAAACGUCGGAGACUCUUCUUUGAGACUUACGCUGACUACGAUGCUCAAAAGCACAACCUUGAGCGCGAGGUAGUUAGACCUAAACAUCAACCAGUACAAGAGCAUAAAAAGGAUGACAAAGGGCAACAUGACGAGGAGCCUACAGAGUUGAAGCUCGCUCGAUUAAUAUCUCUAUUCCCAGAUAUAGAUGAAGCCGUAUUGCUCGAUGUGCUAGUAUCCUACGAAGGAUGCGUCGAAGCGGCAUCUGCAUGUCUAGAUGCGCGGCAGGACUUAAUGCGAGAAAAAACGCCAAACCCUACACCUGGCAUACAAACCUCCCUUCUCUCCUCAUUCCAACCAACAUCACCAAAAUCCUCUGCAGCGUCAUCAGGCUGGUCCAAACCACUCACAAGACGAGGCAAAACACUCUACCUCUACUCCCCGGAUGACAUCGCAAAACACACCCCAUGCUCUAUAAUCCACAACUUUCUUCCCACGGAAGAUGCAAACGCUCUCUUAGUCGAGUUGCUUGAAGAAGCCAAAACUUUCCAACCAGACACGUUUCAGUUAUUUGACAAAACAGUCCAGAGCCCACAUACAAGCAAACUAUACGUUUCCACAGACUACGAACUGAGCCAGCAAACAGAGCAAUACGUCUACAACGGGGUAUACCAAAAGGACGUCCGCAAACUCUCGCCUAGGAUGAAAGCUGUAUCUGGAAAAGUGCAAAGGGCUGUUAACGAGCAUGUCCAGCAACGUAUCAAAACACAUUAUCCAGACGGCAAAAAAUUGAAAUAUCAAUCACCCAAAGAGUGGGUGCCGAAUGCGGCGUUCGUGAAUUGUUACGAUGGGCCGCAGAAAAGCGUGGGAUAUCACUCUGAUCAGCCGACGUAUUUGGGGCCGAGGGCUAUUAUUGGCAGUUUGAGUCUGGGGGUUGCUAGGGAGUUUCGUGUUCGAAAGGUUGUUGCGCGAGAUACUGCUGCUAGCGAAGAUAGCCAACAACAACAAGACGAAGAAGCUUCAAAGAAAAGCCGCCUACCAGAUCCCAUAGCCGACGCCCAAGGCCAAAUCUCGAUACAUCUCCCGCAUAACUCCCUCCUCGUAAUGCAUGCGGAAAUGCAAGAAGAAUGGAAACACUCCAUCCCCUCAGUGUCCACCAUCUCCCCUCACCCAAUAGCCGGCAACAAACGAAUCAACAUCACGUAUCGAUGGUAUCGUGAAUCCCUCCAUCCACGCAAUAUCCCGCGUUGUCGUUGUAAUGUGCCCACGAUAUUACGGUGUGUGCAACGCAAGCAAGGGUCAAGAGGGCGGUAUAUGUGGAUGUGUUAUGCGGGUUAUUCGCCGGGAAGUAAAGGGUGUUCGUUUUUCCAGUGGGCGGAGUUUGACGAUGAUGGAGAGCCGAUGUGGGAGAAGAUGGGGAUUAAGCGACCCCAUCAGACGACUACUGAUUAG